UAGCUGAGAGUGCUGUCCCUUAUAACAUUGUCGACAUGGCGGCGAAUACGAGUAAAAAUUUGAGUCAAGCAGUUAAAUCAGGGCUUAGAGUUCCAGUCGGACACAUCAUAGUCAGUGGACGAUGGCGAAGUACAGAACUUGUGGCGGAUUUACAGAAAAGCAUUCAAGUUCACUAUGAAGACAGUCUCGGAGUAGUAGAUUUUCAUCCUUCCUCCAGCAUUGGAGUGAUUUAUGUAUCAGAGGCAGAUGCAGUGUGUGGCACUGGCUACCGUCAGAAGUGUGUGAAGCUUCACAUGGCAAACAGAAUUCGUGGGAUUGUUAUAGUAGAGAGGACACCAGCAAGUGACCAGUACUUUAAAGAUGUGCAGAUAUUCUGUGGGCUAGAAAUUGGCCUUAGUGUUGUACCUGUCUCUGGUCCAAUUGAGGCAGCUGGCUUCUUAAAGCAGUUAGUACAUGCUGAGGGAAAACAAAGUGUAAAUGUUUUCAAGAAACCAGCACCACAACCAAACGUAGAUAGUGCUGUUCUGGCCACUCUCAGGACAGUGCCAACACUCGGAGAAGUCAAAGCUCGCCAGCUUCUGGCCAAGUUCAAAAGUAUACAUGGCAUUGGCUGUGCAAGUUUUCAGGACUUGUCUGCUGUUGUUGGACAUGCAGCUGCUCAAAAUGUCAGACAAUUCUUUCAUGGAAUAUAGACACAAGGCAGAGAAUACAGAGCUGGGAAAAAAAAAUUAUGGUUAAUGAAAGAGAUGAAGACUGCCAGGAAAUGUGUGUUGAUCUUAGGUACACUUCCAAAUACAAAUGGGAAGAAUUUCUUAACAUGUGUAAUGGUGUAUGUGAACUUGUAAACAAAUACUUUUGUGAAAAUAGUUACAGUUGCUCAGUCUUGAUGCUUGUGCUGUAGGUGACAGGAUCUCAUUUAUACACUUUACUUAAAACAUUUCCAAGUUACUAAGGUGUGUAGAGUUCUUGCUUAAUAUAUAUGUAAUGUUGCAUUGUGCUGUUAAAGUGAAUUUAGCCUUGCUGCAUUAAUUCUGGGAUGACUGUCCAUUUUGUAUUUAUUUAUAAAAAAAUUGGAAAACUUGAUUUUUCUUGUUAUAAAAAUAACUUGAA